AUGCUAGCCCCAGGCAUGAUGGAAGAAGACACAAUCACCGUGGAAGGAAGCAGCAGAAUCAACAUGCUCACGGGGAAAAGCGAAUGCACAAUGGAGGAGACGAACAGAAAACCUGCGCUGCUUCGCAUUCCAAAUGAAAUCAUCGGACAGAUCGGAGCAUACCUCGAAGAAAAGGGCGAUAUUGCUGCUUUCGUGAGGACAUGCCGUCUCUUCAACGUCAUGUUUGGCGAUGUUUUAUACCAGCGAGAUCAGAUGUAUCAUAAGUACAAGCAAGAUUCCUGCCUCACGUGGGCCGCCAACCGGGACAAGGUAGACACCCUUAAGAGAGCUAUCAAAGCCGGCAUCCGCUUGAAAGACCACCCAUAUCUCAUUUUCGUUGUCUCGUGCACUGGAAGCCCCAAAUGCGCUGAGCUGGUGCUGUCGACUCCUGGAAUCAACCCAAUGGCUGAAGACGAUCGAGGGUGGACACCCAUCACCCUCGCUGCUAGCUUUGGGCACGCCAACAUUGUCAAGAAGUUGGUAGAGCAUGGAGCUAGCUGUACAGCGCUUACAAGCUUUGGCUGGUCACCCAUCAGCGUGGCCUGUUGCCGUGGGAGCCUCGGCGUUGCGAAGCUCUUGUUAGACGAGUAUGGCGUGUCGAUGGAGGGCGAUUACGGGAUCAACUGGUCAGCGCUGAGGUCGGCCGCUACUUUCGGCCACGCAGACAUCCUGACCUAUCUUCUCAAACGAGGGGCUGAUCCAACCCCCGAGGCGGGUGGUUGGAGUUGUCUGCACAUAGCAGCUGAUGGCGGACACACCGAGGCAGUACAAGUGCUUCUUGGCCACGGUUUCAACCCUUCAGCUGUUGCAGACGAAAACGGCUGGACUCCCUUAACCCUUGCCGCCGACAAAGGACAUUACGAUACAGUUGAGCUGCUAUUGGAUCGAGGUGUUAAUACCGAGCAGAGAUGUACCAAUCGAUGGACAGCUCUCUGCAUGGCUGCAAACCGCGGCGACCUGAGAAUGGCCAUGCUCCUGGUUAGCCGUGGAGCAGAUGUCAUGGCCAAGGCCGUCGGUGGGUGGAGUCCUAUAACACUGGCUGCCACAAAUGGCCACCUGGAUAUAGUCAAUCUAUUGCUCGCCUACGGGGCUGACAUUCAUAUGAAGACCCUGUCGGGUUGGACGCCGCUCAUGGCAGCUUCGGACGGCGGCCACGCCUCACUGGCCAACAUCCUCCUCAUCUGCGGAGCUGAUGUGCGGAACAGCAGCACAACAGGGUGGAAUUCUUUGAUUUGCGCUGCAGAUGGCCGUCACUUGCAGACCUCGAGGAUCCUCUUAAGCCACGGUGCCGAUAUCAUGGCUACCACUAUCGCAGGUUAUACCCCAGGUAUCAGAGCAGCCUAUGCAGGAAGUUACCGUCUGUUGAACAUAUUUCUCAAGACGAAGGGUUUCCGGCUUGAUCACCUGGAUACCCUAGGUCGCUCGGCAUUCUUCCACGCCGCGAUGCGAGGGCACACAAAGGUAAUCAAGAGGCUAUUACCCUUGACCAGCAUGGCCAACGCGAGAGACAAGUUUGGGUCGACUCCCAUCUUCGCGGCUGCUAGAAACGGACACCGCAAAGUGGUGGAGCUUCUCAUCAACGAAGGUUUUGCAGAUUUUGCCGAGAGAGACUUUCUGAACUGCACUCUUUUUGCCCACGCCCAGCGAUCUAAUAGGAGGCAGUUUGUCAAGUACCUCAAGAGGCACGCCAAGCAAGCCAACAUCCCCAUCUGGCUGGAGGAUCCGGCGGGCAAAAAGACACAGCACAGGUGGGAUCACGCAACAUGCCACUGCAACGUCUGCGGCCGAGCCAGUGUCCAUGUGGAGCAGGCGUAUGUCUGCGAAGACUGCAACGGCGGCAUGGUGCUUUGCGCGGAAUGUAUCAACGCGGGCCAGACGUGUAAUAACAUCAACCACAUUUGGACCGCGCAUCAUUGUAUGUGGAACGACGACUUUGGCUGGACGCCGCCUUAUUGUUUGGCCGAUGCCAAUUUACGCAAGAUUAUUGAAGUUGAUGAUAAUGGGGAUGCACUUACAGAUGUGGAAGAGGAAGUAUAG